AGAUAUCAUAGCAUAGCAUAAAUAUAUAGUCAGAGAUAGCAUAGCAUAACAGAUAGCUUAGAGAAAGAGUAGAGAAUAAAUAGACAACAUGGUUUAUUACUGUGUUUGUGGCGGGUGCAAGAACUCCAGCAAAACUGGACAUAGGGUCCAUUGUUUCCCCAAGGACAAAGGGAUCUUCCGAAGCUGGGUGCAAUUUGUCAAGAUUAGGCGGGCAGAUUUUUCAGCUAGCUCUGUCACCGCCUACUCGAGAAUAUGCAGCGCGCAUUUCAAGGAGGAGGAUUACCACUCAGGGGAUGCCAAGAUGGUCGCACUUUCUUUAAAAAGUAUGAGGAUGGCUAAGUUAAUUCCUACCGCCGUGCCGUCUGUGAAUGCAAACCUCUCUGCUUGUCCUGUCCCGAGGUCGAGAGACACCGUCUUCCGCAAGCGAUAUAUUGCCACGAUGAUGACAGAUACCUCACAGCAGGAGACCGUGGACAGUGUAGACACUGUGGAGAGUGUCGAUACUGGCGAUCAGCCCUUGUCCUCCUCCACUUCUGACGCUGUGACACAGUGUUAUUUGAAGCCCCCCCGAUGGUCUCGCGCUGUGCAGGUUAACCUGAAGCCCAAGAUGGUCAGCGUGGGUACACAGACGUCUUUCAGCCCACAAACCUCCACUCCCCUCGCUAGUCCUGAACAGACAGAUGAUGAAGAUGAUGAUAAUGCCUCUGUCGUGAGUGACUUAUCGUGGGUGCCCGAAGAGCCGAUGCAUGAGGAGGACUUGUUUGAUGAGGAGCCACCUUACGCGUGUGACCCCCACCACAAUGGCAUUGACAAAUUCAUUGUUUGCCAAGAGGAGCUGAUGGGCCUUUUUGCCAUCUGUCCGGCCUGUUGUGAGAAGUCAGAUAGUAGCAUCGUGCAGCAGGAAGGAACUUUUGUUAAGAUCAAGCAGGUACGGUUUUGUUUGCGCAGCAGGCCAUCUGGUUAGAAAAU